GCUCUCGUCCACUUUCGAACGAACCUAAUUACACAUCUCUACUCUUCAUUAAUGUGAGUCAGGAAAAGGCGUUGGGAAAAACCCUCAAGCUCGUACUGAAGAAUGCAAAGUCUCUGCUACGUCCGGUGUUUGAGGAGACUGUGGGGUCCAGUACAAUCGUCCCAGCUUUUGAAAGGGACAAAUAAGCACAGAUCUUUACGCCUACUGCAUCACAAAAAGCUAAUGGGGGACAACAAACCAUGGGCUCUGAUCUCAGAGGUGGGCGAACAAGGUUACAUUGAAGAGGUCACGGACAUACUGAAACAACACUUCCAUAUCAUCUGCCACAAAGAAUUCCUUCAAAACCCUCAGGUGCAUGGGCCAAAAAUCCAGGCCAUAUUAUUAUGGAAUAACCUCCCAGCAACCGAGCCUUCGCUGCUCAGUUUGCUUCCCUCACUGAAGGUGGUUUCCAACGGAGGAGUGGGCAUUGACCACCUGGAUUUGCCAUACAUCACCAGUCUGGGAGUGAAGGUGACCAACACGCCAGGUGUAGUGAGCGAUGCCACUGCAGAUAUUGCGAUGGGUCUGCUUCUGGCAUCGGCACGCAGGAUUGUUGAAGGUCACCAAAUAGCUAUUGACCCGAACAAUGCCUAUUUACCACCAAGCCUGAUGGGAGUUGAAGUCACAGGGUCGACUCUGGGCAUUAUUGGAAUGGGACACAUUGGCAGCAAAAUUGCUCAAAGAGGCAAAGGAUUUGACAUGAAGAUCCUGUAUUACAACAGAAACAGGAGGAGUGUUGAAGAUGAGCAGGCAGUUGGUGCGAGUUACCGGGAGAACAUGGACGACCUGCUUAAAGAGUCUGACUUUGUCAUGCUGGCGGUCACCCUGACCCCUGAAACCACAGGCCUGAUCGGCUACAGAGAGCUGUCCCUCAUGAAACCCACAGCAACUCUGGUCAACAUCAGCAGAGGUCUGGUUGUGGACCAGGAUGCUUUAGUCAAAGCUUUGCAGUCUGGAACAAUUCGUGCGGCGGCAUUAGAUGUGACUUACCCUGAACCAUUACCAAGGGAUCAUCCUCUCCUUGGCCUUCCUAAUGUGCUGAUCACCCCCCACGUUGGCACCAACACUUACACUACAACAAGAAAGAUGGUGCAGAAGCAGGUUGACAAUGCUUUGGCUGUACUGAAUGGCCAAUUUAUUCCCAAUGAAGUCAAACCACAAUGACUUCAGUAAUGGUACCUCAUCUGUCUGUAGUUAGAAGAGUUUUCCUAAUGCAGGAUGAAGUACAUAUAUUAGUUUUUACCUGUUUGGUUGUUCUGUCCAACAAUCUGCCGUCAUUACUGUGAUCAACAUGAUUAGUUUAUAAACAAUAAGAUAACUAAUGUAUCAAUUAGCAAAUGUUUAAUAUCAUCUGUAAACAAAUGAUGGAUAUAAAAUGACAUGACUGCAUAAUUAUAUAAAUGUUUAAGUGUAAUGUUGGAGCCAUUGAGGUUGAUUAUUUUUGUUAUUUGUUAUUUUUGUAUUUAUUUUUUGUUGACACUAGGAGCACUGAGCUCAAGGUCGGGCACUUGUCUAGGUCGAGGGAUAAAGGGUGUGUCAGUGUCAGGUGAUGCACCAGGAAGGGACAUGUUUUUUUUACCAGAGAAAGAGAGCAGAUCAAGAUAGCAGAGCAAGAUAGCAGAGCAAGAGAGAGACUGCAGGAGGAAUAUUUUGCUUUUGAUCUCAAAAAUUAAAUUAACCUAAAACGCAGAUCACGACUGGGGUUCUUGCCUGAGUACAAUCCGACUGAAUUGGUGCAUCAGUGGCCUUUGGAUUUGUAAGUUUUCUAUUUGAUUUUUUCUCAUUUACAAAUCGCCACUACAUGUAGUAUUACCUUUUUUUGACUGAAUGACUAGUAUCACAUUUUGCUCAUCUGUAUGUUAUUAUCAUUUCUCAUACUCCCAGAGUUCUCUUAUUGUAACAAUUUGCAUAUAUAUCAUUGGAUUAAUAGAUUUUUGUUUUUCAUAUUUCUCCACCCUUUCAUGAUGAACAAGUCAAAUGUGAUCUUAUACCUGUUCCACAUUGCACUCUUACAAUAAUUAUGUGUUGCUAUAGUUGCCUAAUUUUCUCAUUUGGGGAAAAUUUGUUUCCUCAAAGGCUCCUAAAUAGGGGACAUUAAAGAGUUUUGUAAAUAUAAAAUUUGAGCGAUACCUAAAAGCUCUUCUAGCAGCAGACUGCACACACCUCCAGUUUGCUCACACCGAGACCUUUAAGUGGAUGCUGCCUUCAGGCUAUAUUUUGUGUUUUUCAAGGACAAACAUGUUCUUUUCCCUUCUUCUGCUGAGCACUGACCACCGUUUUAAAAAGUUCACAAACACACAAACAUUUUUCAGAUGGAGGACCCAGAGGAACUUAUCAACCAGUAUUACUACAACUGUGUCAUGGUGGAGACAAACAAAAACCAGAAAUCGGAUUUAACACCACCAACAUACAUAUGACCAGUGUUCUAGAAUCAAUAGGAAAGUGAAUAAUCUUGGAAUGCUCCAUCAGGAAACUUUAGAUUUGAGAAUGAGCCUAGAUUUCAACUACCAACAAAUAUGCGAUCUCCAAACAGACAAUGCUAAAGUUAAAACCUCCGUGGUAAUACUCACAUCCUAGAUGGAUACAAUCACCAAAGAAAACAAAACACUGAAAGAGACCGUCCUUAAUAUCCUAACCAGAAACAUGCAGGACAAACUCUUGGUUUCCCAGAAACUACAACUGACAAACCUGGAGCCCUGGUCAAAAACUUAAUGGAUUCCUCUCUGACAAAGAGCAGAAAAACAAAAGCGGAGCUAGCAGGCCGAGCCCAGCUGACCUCACCCUACCAGUACAUGUGUGGGGUCAUGAAAGGUGACCACAGGCCAGGUGGGGAGGUGGAGAGGGCGAGGGUAGAUGGUGUCAAUUUUUGUACGGAAGAGGGAAAGGGAAAAAGUUGCACUUGUUAACUUUAAUGGAUCUUGAGGUGUUGUUACAAUACUUUCCAUAAAAUGUGACCGCAAUUCCAUUCCAUAAAAAUGUACCUCCAUUAAUUGAAUGUCAUUAUAUCGAGGUUGGCAAAAGAAAAACUUGAGUUUCUAUUGGAUUUUAUAUCAAUGUACAAUGAAGAAACUUCUGUUUGUAAAGAAGUCUAAUCUGUUUUAUAGAGCUAGUUUCACAGUGUUUUAGUGAUCCUGUAGGUUUUCUGGAUUUGCCUCAUUUGUCUGCCUGUUUUUUUUACUGCAUCCGGUAAGUUUCUUUUUCAU